AUGUUGAGGUAUUUUAAGAAAAUACGAGAUGAACCUACUUCAAACAAGUCAUCUCCCCCUCCACCACCUCCUCCUCCUCCGCCUCCUCCACCAGCUCCUCUUGAUGCUGACUCAAAUGAGUAUCCUAGUGAUCCUGGGCUAAGAAAGCACAUUCUUGAGUAUAAUGUUAAUGAAAGGGAGAUUGUUCGACGUUACUAUUUGCAAAAAGGUCCUUUUCAACCUAAAAAUCAUGAAUUUCCUUGGCGUUCUUGUCCCAAAGAGAAACGAAGAUUUCGAGCUAUAUGGUUUAGUCUUCAUCCUAAUUGGCUAGAAUACAGCAUUGCAAAAGAUGCGGCUUUUUGUCUUUAUUGCUAUUUAUUCAAAGCGGAUCAUGGUGGUCAAAGUGGUGGUGAUUCUUUUGUUACUGAGGGAUUUAAAAAUUGGAGAAAGAAAGAAAAAUUUAAUGAACAUGUUGGAAAUCAGAGCAGCAUUCACAACAGGUGCAUGAUGGCGGCUUAUGAUUUAAUGAAUCAAAAACAACAUAUUGAAACUUGUUUGGUCAAUCAGUCUAGUCAAGUAGCUAUCGAUUAUCGUGUUCGUUUGACAUCAUCAAUUGAUUGCAUAAGAUUUCUUGUGCGUCAAGGAUUAGCAUUUCGUGGUCAUGAUGAAUCAACAAACUCACUCAAUCAUGGUAAUUUUCUUGAAUUGUUAAGAUUUCUUGCUGACCAUAAUGAGGAUAUCAAUAGAGUUGCACUAGACAAUGCUCCCUCAAAUCUCAAAUUGACAUCGCCUGAUAUUCAGAAAGAUAUUAUCAGAUCCAUUGCUUAUUUAACCACUAAUUCUAUUCUUGGAGAUCUCGAUGAUGAAUUAUUUACUAUAUUGGUUGAUGAGGCUCGUGAUAUAUCUGUUAAAGAACAAAUGGCAGUUGCUUUAUGGUUUGUAGAUGAAAGGGAAAAUAUUGUUGAGCGCUUUCUAGGCCUUGUAUAUGUAAGCGACACUACUGCCUUAUCACUUAAAACUGCUAUUGAUUCUUUGUUGUGCCAACAUGGAUUAUCUAUAUCUAAUUUGCGGGGGCAAGGAUACGAUGGAGCUAGCAAUAUGAGAGGAGAAUUCAAUGGCUUAAAAAGCUUAAUUAUGAUGGAGAACCCUUCUGCUUAUUAUGUUCAUUGUUUUGCUCAUCAACUGCAGCUUACACUUGUAGCUGUUGCUGAAAAUCAUAUAAGAAUUUCUACUUUUUUUGAUGUGGUUGCACAAUUGAACAAUAUUGUUGGAGCGUCAUGCAAGCGAAGAGAUAUACUUCGUGAGAAACAAUUUGAAAAAGUUAUUAAAGGAAUUUGCAAUGGUGAUAUCUUCACUGGACAAGGUAUGAAUCAAGAGAUGACAUUAAAAAGAGUUGGGAGCACACGUUGGGGUUCACAUUAUAAUACAUUGUUAAGUUUGAUACAUUUGUAUCCUUCAAUUAUUGAUGUUCUUUUAUUUGUUGAAGAGGAGGGAAAAGAUCACAAGCAAAGGGCACAAGUAAAUAAUCUGUUGGAAUUGAUUGGAAAAUAUGAAUUUAUAUUUCAGAUGCACUUAAUGAAGAAGAUCUUGGGAGUCACGAAUGAUUUGUCGCAAGCUUUACAAAGAAAAGAUCAAGACAUUGUAAAUGCCAUGAUUCUUGUAAGAUCAAGCAAACAUCAACUGCAAACUAUGAGAGAUGAUGGUUGGGAUUUGUUACUGAAUGAAGUUUCUUUAUUUUGUGUUAAGUAUGAGGUAGUCACCCCGCACAUGGAAGACUUGUUCGUCUUUCAUGGGAGAUCACGACGAAAUAUUGAAGGAAGGACAAAUCUUCACUAUUAUCGUGUUGACACAUUUUAUGAAGUGAUAGAUUUGCAACUUUAG